CGUCAUGUUGGGAUACGUGCCAAGCUGCGUGCCGUCCAGUCCAGUGGACCAAACACCUUUCUCCUUGCGUGUUGCCUCAAUUUGAUUCCAUUUUUUUCGGCUGCAUGGACUCGGAUAGUGACUGGGCGUGUGUCUAGUGGACUUAGCCUUCAACCAUGAGCUGCAUCGCAGGAGGUCCGCCGUUUGCCUGGGGACCUUUUGCUGCCUUCUAAGUGGAAGAACACCGUUUUCACUGGCCUUCGCUUCUGAAUAUGACUCGCCGCUCCGUGUUGAAUCUGGUGUGUUUGGGAAGUCAUGCCGCGACCCUGAUCCCAGGACCCAGCGUUCGCCCGGUCCACACUGCAACACGCAGUCAUGCCUCAUCCCAGCCCUGCCAUGGGUUUAAACCUGGGAAAGUAGCCGUGGUAACCAAGACCACCCGCUAUGAGUUCGAGCAGCAGAGAUAUCGUUAUGCAGGUCUGUCUGAAGAGGAUCUGAAACAUCUGCUUGCUCUGAAGGGAUCCAGCUACAGUGGCUUACUGGAGAGACACAACAUCCACACCCACAGUGUGGAGCACAUAGUGAAGAGCCUGCAGACAGAAGGAAUUGAUGUUCGGGUGGUGAAAAGAGGAGAAUAUGAUGAUGAAGUUGUGCGAUGGGCUGAUGCGAUUAUCUCUGCUGGAGGUGACGGGACAAUGUUGCUUGUUGCCAGUAAAGUCUUGAGCAAGGACAAACCAGUUGUUGGCGUAAACACGGAUCCAGAAAGGUCAGAAGGUCACUUGUGCUUACCUGUGCGCUACACUCGUCAGUUCCCAGAGGCUCUGCAGAAGCUCUGUCGUGGUGAGUUCAGGUGGCUGUGGCGCCAGAGGCUGCGCCUUCAUCUUGAAGGUACAGGAAUCAACCCCACCCCAGUGGAUCUGCACGAGCAGCAGCUGAGCCUGGAGCAGCACAGCCAGGCCCACCGGAUCACCACCAGAGGCCGCCAGCAGAGAGCUGGAUCAGUACCUGAGAACUUCUCUGAGCACAGUGUCCUCCCCGUCAGGAGUCUGAAUGAAAUCUUUAUCGGAGAAUCCCUCUCCUCCAGGAUGAAGUUAAAAACCUUCACCCCCCAUGUCCAACUCUUCCCCCAUAGGGCUUCCUACUACGAGAUCUCUGUGGAUGACGGCCCGUGGGAAAAGCAGAAAAGUUCUGGACUCAGUAUUUGCACAGGAACCGGGUCAAAGGCCUGGUCCUACAACAUAAACAAACUGACUGAGCAGACAGUGGAGGAGAUCCUGAAAAUAGGAAAAUCUCAGACGUCUCUUGACAUCCCACUUAGUCGUCAGUUCAUUGAAAAUGUGACUGAUGAGUACAACGAGUCGCUGGUGUUCAGUCCAGAAGACAGACGUCUAUUCUUCAGCGUCAGAGAGCCCAUCGCCAACCGUGUCUUCUCCAGCAGUCGCCAGCGAGGCUUUGCCAGCAAAGUGUGUGUCCGCUCGCGGUGCUGGGACGCUUGUAUGGUGGUGGACGGAGGAACCUCUUUCGAGUUCAACGAUGGCGCCAUCGCCACCAUCAGCAUGAGUGAAGACGAUCAGCUCCGCACCGUACUUCUGAAGCAUUGAGAGGAAACAUAGCAAACUGGACUGAGGUCGGGGGCAAAGGGAAGUGUUGACUUUUAGCUUUUUUUUUUUUUUUUUUUAGCUAUUGUGUAUUUUCAAAUGUGACGGGUAACUUGUUUUUAUGUUUUUUAAACCCAUAAUCUGCUGACUGCAGAUCUUGCAGCUACAAUAGUGUCAUCUUUUGUCAAUGUAAAA